CAGGCUGACUCCCUGAUCCCCCAGCUGACGCCCCGGCCUGAUCUUGGGGACUGAGGAUGCAGGUGCAUAGUAGGGCUGCGCACCUGGCUUGUGGCUUCGCACCGGAGCCCGAGUGAGGGGGUGCGGGGACCUCUGCUGUACUGGGCGCCCCCCACGUGCUCACAGCACACGCACCCACGCGUGGCUCGGCAGGCCGGCCAUGGAGCCGGGCAGCGUGGAGAACCUGUCCAUCGUGUACCGGAGCCGCGACUUCCUGGUGGUCAACAAGCACUGGGACGUUCGCAUUGACAGCAAGGCGUGGCGGGAGACUCUGACGCUACAAAAGCAGCUGCGGCACCGCUUCCCGGAGCUGGCCGACCCGGACACCUGCUACGGGUUCAGGUUCUGCCACCAGCUGGAUUUCUCCACCAGUGGGGCACUGUGUGUGGCCCUAAACAAGGCAGCUGCCGGCAGCGCAUACAGGUGCUUCAAGGAGCGGCGCGUGACCAAGGCUUACCUGGCACUGCUGCGGGGGCACAUCCAGGAGAGCCGGGUGACCAUCAGCCAUGCCAUCGGCAGGAACGGCACGGAAGGCCGGGCCCACACCAUGUGCAUCGAGGGCACGCAGGGUUGUGAGAACCCAAAGCCAAGCCUCACGGAGCUCGUGGUUCUGGAACACGGGCUGUACGCAGGCGAUCCUGUCUCCAAAGUGCUGCUGAAGCCACUCACGGGCCGGACACACCAGCUGCGCGUGCACUGCAGUGCCCUGGGCCACCCCGUGGUGGGCGACCUGACCUACGGAGAGCCCUCGGGCCAGGAGGACCGACCGUUCAGAAUGAUGCUGCACGCCUUCUACCUGCGCAUCCCCACCGACGCCGAGUGUGUAGAGGUCUGCACGCCUGACCCCUUCCUGCCCUCCCUGGACGCCUGCUGGAGCCCCCACACCCUGCUGCAGCCGCUGGACCAGCUUGUGCAGGCCUUACGGGCCACCCCUGACCCUGACCCCGAGGACAGGGGCCCCAGGCCAGGCAGCCCCUCCACACUCCUGCCUGGGCCUGGCCGGCCCCCUCCACCCCCCACCAAGCCCCCUGAGACUGAGGCACAGCGGGGCCCCUGCCUGCAGUGGCUGUCAGAGUGGACGCUGGAGCCGGACAGCUGAGAGCCGUGGGGCUGGGGCGGGGGGUGGCAGCUGCACAGCAGAGCUCUAGGGAGACGGACGAGCAAGCGUGUGAUCACCAGCUCUGGGGCCUCCAGGUGCCCGGGAACAUCAGGCCCGCUGGGCUGCCCUGGCCAGGCCUGCGGGGAAGGGCUGAGGUGGGGCCAGCAGGGGGCGCCAGGCAGCCGUGAUCACAGGCGACGACAUCGCACUGCGGCCGUGGGACUGAUGCUGGAUCCUGAGGACCUUCCUACCCAUGUGGCCCGGGAGAAACCGAGGUCCUUCCCUUCUCCUGGAAUAGCUUCUGGAUCCCAAGCUUCACCCCAGGGGUGUCAGUUUUAUGGACUGAAGAGGCAGGGCCAGGUUUUGGCCUUGCCUUUGCUUCCAGGGUGGGCCACUCCUGGGCCCAGUCAGCUACUGGCCCCAACCUAUCCCCUAGAGGGGCUGGGAAGGGCCAUUCUGAGCUCACCUGGCCUGGGAGACCCAUCUGGUCCCUGAGUCCUCUGCCCCUCACUGCUCUGCAGAUCCUCUUGCCUUCGGCUGCCUCCGCCCGAGACCCAACAGUUCCUGCUGGGGUCGAGUGUGCAUGCCCGGCCGUGUGUGCCUCGGCCUCACUGUAUCUGUGGCUCCCUCUCCGCCCGAAUUCUGAGCUCAGUGUGGUGCUUGCUGCACAGACAUUGGUCAGGGGCCAUGGCCAAGGCCCUGCCACGCACUCCCGUCCCUCAUAUCCGCCGUGAGCACCAGUCUGCUGCAGUCUCCUGGGCCCCUGCUAACAGUUCUGCCAUGUCACCGCUUGCCUGGCUCCCACAUAGCCGUGCAUUGUUCCUCUGCCUCCGGGACCCCAGUUUGGGAGCUGUGGGCCUGCCAGGUCUCACCUCCUCUGUCCCCCACGCCACAGCCCGGGCUCCUGGUUACAGCAGGGCUCCAGGGACUCCAAAUAAAUGCUCACUGACUGGCUUCAA